AUGGAGCCUGAUAUACAACCACCACUAGAGGCUCAGUCACCCAUGUUUUCAACUGGGGCUGAUCGUCGCCGCAAUUCAAUAAGAAGCAGCUAUAGCGUUGUCUCAGACGUUGAAAUGGCCCGCAACGAGAUAUAUGAUGGACCGAUAUCAGAGAGUAUCCCUUCCAGUGUUGUUUCCUUUUCCCACCGUCGGAAUCGCAAGGAUUCCACCACAAGCUUCACCUAUUUCCAGGAAGAUCAGGAACACCUGGACUGGCCAAACGAAGAUACCAUAGAUGCUGAAAGUGACGUUGACAACUUAUCUGAUAUUGAGACGAACGAGUCAAUUAGAUCCUCUAAACGUCCCUCCUUUUCUAGAGACUCUGUUCAAGACCCCCUUCUACGAAGGUCUCUAUCAGCUUCGUCGCGUGAUUAUUGCCAUAGGGGCGAUCAAAGGGUAAGCCAAAAGGUUCACAUCGUUUCGGAAGACUUGACUAUCGUGAUUGCGGGCUUUUCGACGAGUCCUACCGGUCUGCUAUUGUAUUAUCUAUCUUGCCUGUUGUCGCUCGGGGUUUUCUAUCUCCUAUUUCGUUGGUUUCCAAAGUACCGAAUCCGUUUGAUGGGAAUGCCAACACCUCUUCAAACCUGUCAAUGGGUUGUGAUUGAGGAUCAAUGGAAUCAACUUGACAUUCAUACGGUCCAUACUGAAGUAUACGGUCGUCCUCUCUCCACAAUCUUCAGUCCUGACUACCAGUCGUAUGAUGAGGACAAUGACCCAACAAUCUAUCAAUUACGGUACAUUGAUUACAGAUAUCAUCGGCUUAUUUACCACCCAGGCGAUGACCAAUUUUGCCUAAUCGGUGGCUGGAAAGACCCUUCCUGGACGAACGCGAAAGGGAUGAGAGCUGGACUGGAUGCCGAUGACCGUGAUAGCCGUGAACAGGUGUUUGGCAAGAAUCUCAUUGAUAUUCAGCAGAAAUCUGUUUUCCAACUUCUUAUGGAUGAGGCUUUCCACCCAUUCUAUAUCUUCCAACUUGCUAGCCUUGUCCUCUGGUCGCUUGACCAGUAUUACUAUUAUGCUGUCUGCAUCUUUUCCAUCUCUGUGAUAAGUAUAAGUGCUACUAUAAUUGAAACCAAAGCAACAAUGAACCGCUUAAGACAUAUUUCACUGUUUGAGUGCGAUAUCCGUGUGCUUAGGAAUGGGUUCUGGAGAUCUGUCCCCUCUCGGGAGCUUGUUCCGGGUGAUGUUUACGAAUUCUCUGACCCCUCCCUGAACUAUGUCCCUUGUGAUUGUAUACUGUUAUCCGGUGAUUGUAUUGUGAAUGAAAGCAUGCUUACAGGUGAAUCUGUCCCUGUUUCUAAGGUCCCAUUAACAGACGAUGCUCUGAAAUACCUGAAUUUGAGCGCACCCUCAAUCCACCCCGCUCUUGCAAGACAUUUCUUGUUCAGCGUCGUUGUGCGAACCGGUUUCCUGACCACGAAAGGGGCCCUUGUUCGAUCGAUGCUCUUCCCAAAGCCUUCCGGCUUUAGCUUUUACCGGGACUCAUUCCGAUAUAUAUCUGUUAUGGCCAUCAUAGCGAUUUUAGGUUUCGUGGCCUCGUUUGUCAAUUUCAUCCGCCUCGGUCUUUCAUGGCAUCUGAUCAUCGUUAGGGCCCUCGACCUGAUUACAAUCGUUGUGCCUCCGGCUUUGCCGGCCACGCUGAGCAUUGGAACCAACUUCGCCCUCUCGCGACUCAAGGCACAUAAAAUAUAUUGCAUCAGUCCACAAAGGGUCAAUGUAGGGGGCAAGUUAGAUGUGAUCUGUUUCGAUAAGACAGGUACUCUCACGGAAGAUGGACUGGAUGUACUGGGAGUGCGGAUCGUGGACCACAAUAGAAGGUUCUCCGACCUGCUCCCUAAGCUGUGUCUCGCGUCUCCGACAUCAUCAUAUACAGAUAGCAUUCAGGAUAUGAGCAGGUACAACAACACCCUUUACACCAUGGCAACAUGCCACUCUCUGAGAGUUGUGGACGGCGAACUUCUUGGGGACCCCCUAGAUGUCAAAAUGUUUCAGUUCACCGGUUGGUCCUUCGAAGAAGGUGGGAGCCAUGCUGAAGAAGCGGAUUCCGAGGCGAUAUUACCGUCGAUUGCGAGACCACCUGUCACUGAAAACCCUACCAGUGCUUGUCAGCGAAAUAAAAUAGAGGCACCCCUAGAACUCGGCAUUUUGCGUGCCUUUGAAUUCGUGUCACAUCUCCGUCGAGCAAGUGUUAUUGUACGCCAGUAUGGUGACACUGGUGCCAGCACUUUCGUGAAAGGUGCACCAGAAAGUGUGAAGGCCAUAUGUCUUCCAAGCAGCUUGCCUCACGAUUUUGAUGAGCUCCUGAGUAACUAUACCCACAAGGGAUAUCGUGUCAUCGCCUGUGCGGCGAAAUAUGAACCAAAAUUAAGCUGGAUGAGAGUCCAGAAAAUGUCCCGUGCUGAUGCUGAAUGUGAUCUGGAGUUUCUUGGCUUUAUCAUUUUCGAAAACAAACUGAAGCCAAACACGACUGAAACUAUUGCUGAGCUGAAUAAAGCAGGGAUACGCAACAUAAUGUGUACAGGUGAUAACAUACUGACUGCAGUAAGUGUUGCUCGCGAAUGCGGACUAAUUAGUGGAGAUGAACAAUGCUUUGUUCCUCGCUUCGUACAAGGUCAUUCUCCUCAACAUGCGUCCGAUGACUGUCUUUGCUGGGAAAGUGUAGACAAUCCCGCACUGAAGCUCAACCCGAGUACUCUUAUGCGUUCGGUGGAUUCGACGGCUGUAGACUUAUCUAUACCAGGCAAUGCCUGUAGCCUCAGCCAUUACACUCUUGCCAUCAGUGGCGAGAUGUUUAGGUGGAUCGUGGACUUUGGGAGCGAGUUGCUUAUCAAAAGGGUACUUGUGCGUGGAAAAGUGUUCGCGAGAAUGUCACCUGAUGAGAAACAUGAACUAGUGGAGAAGCUCCAAUCCCUAGACUAUUGCUGUGGCUUCUGCGGCGACGGUGCCAAUGACUGUGGUGCAUUAAAAGCCGCUGAUGUCGGUGUUUCCUUAUCAGACGCCGAAGCUUCAGUUGCUGCUCCAUUCACCAGCCGCCGCUUUGACAUAUCGUGUGUUCCGACGCUGAUCAGGGAAGGCCGAGGUGCCUUGGUCACAAGUUUUUGCUGCUUCAAGUACAUGAGCCUAUAUUCAGCAAUUCAGUUUUCAACUGUCAGUUUCUUAUACGCAUCAGCGUCAAAUCUUGGUGACUUCCAGUUUCUUUAUAUCGACUUAUGCCUCAUAUUACCGAUAGCAAUUUUUAUGGGAUGGACCAAGCCAAACCCUGUAUUAUCGCGGAAACGACCCACUGCUGAUCUUGUAUCACGCAAAGUCUUAAUCCCGCUGCUAGGCCAAAUAACGAUAUGCAUUUUGACUCAAUUAAUUGCAUUCGAGACUGUGAAAUCGCAACCAUGGUUUCAACCCCCUCAGCUAGAUCUAGAGGAAAGCAACAUUGAGAACUCCGAGAACACCGUUCUGUUUCUGCUUUCCUGCUUUCAGUACAUCCUGUCAAGUGCUGUCCUUAGCGUCGGACCCCCAUUCAGAAAACCGAUGAGCUCUAACAAACCAUUCCUCUCUAUGAUAAUUGUGGAUUUGAUGAUCUCCUGCUACAUGCUGUUUACACCCUCACAAUGGCUGAAGCGGGUCAUCCAAUUGACGUACCUGCCGGAAAGUUUCGCGUGGUGGUUGCUGACACUUGCUGCCUUGAGCUUUUUGUUCUCUUGGUUGGCAGAAAGGAAUCUCUUUCCUAGAUUGGCUCAUUUGCUAGGGCGCAUGUACACAGCCUUGCGACCAGGUCACCCCAAAAAGCGUCGCCAGUACAAGGUACUACUCGAGGAAAUGCAAGGGUAG